AUGGCGUGGGCGACUGCGCAGUUCUACAUCCCGUCUGGCAUCGCCAUCAGCCUAGACGGCGGCGCGCUGUUUGUGGCGGACCUCGCCAACCACAAGAUCCGGCGGGUGGAGGUGGCGACGGGAGAGGUGACGACGGUCGCGGGCAGUGGCACCAGGGGCAGCGCUGAUGGCGUGGGCGACGCGGCGCAAUUCAACGGCCCAGCUGGCAUCGCCAUCAGCUCAGACGGGAGCACGCUGUUGGUCAGUUCGGGAGAUGGCUUCCGCCAGGUCUGCGUGGCUGCGCCUCCUCCGCCUCCCUCCUUUGCCCCGAUCUUUGUUCCGCCUUCGAGCCUUGCAGCUGACCUCGCAAAGACGUGGGGCGACAAAACCCUCCCAGAGGGGAAAGUCACCUUCCUGGUCGGCGACGACCUGGAGCGCAUCGAGCACGUGAGCAAGAACGGUCCUUUCAUCAAGCACGAGGAGGGCGGCAGGGCGCAGCGCGCGCUCGACUUGCGGGAGCUGGCGCAGAUGUACCAGGUGCCGCGCCUCGAGCUGCUCUGCGCGCAGGCGCUGAAGGAGAGCGUCGCGCCGGCGACCGCCGUGCCGCUGCUCGAGGCGGCGCACACGCGCAGCGGCGGCGUGGAGCAGCUGCGCGACUUUGGCGUGGCCAAGGGGCUGCUCGGCGACGCGCUCGACCAGGUGGCGGAGCUCAAGGGCGCGAUGCACGCGCUCCGCGUCGCGGAGAGCUGA